UUUUUAACAUAUAUCAAACCAAAGGAAGAUGCUGGAUGCAUGUGCUUGAGGUAGUGGGAGGAGCCUGCAGUGUUCCCCUGCAGGGAGAAAGCUGACUCACUGGCUGAGACACUUCGAUGAGGACGGAGAACCAGAAGGAGUGGCAUCUGAGCAGACAGGACCUUUUUCACUGAAUACCAGAGAGGAGUUUAGACUGACAGAUAAGUCUGUCACCCAGAUGCUUGAAGGAAGCGCUUGGAAGCCUCACUCUUCCUUUGCUCCUCGUCUGUUUUCGGGAGGAGGAUGAAGAGGAGCUAAUCUGUGCCGGGGAGCCGUGUUUAGCAUUUGGGUUAACAGGAUGCAUCUGGUUGUGGAACCCAUUCAGGAGGCCAUGAUGAAGAUGUUACCUUAUUUUGUGGAGAAUGCUGUCCUGACCCAGAGUGAGAUAAACCGCAUCCUGAGCGAGAGCUUCUUCAUGGUGAAGGGUGCUGCCCUGUUCCUCCAGCAGGGAAGCAGUCCCCAGGGCCAGAAAGCACAUCCUCCCCACAAACAUGCAGGUGACCUACCCCAACACUUACAGGUGAUGAUAAACAUCCUGCGCUCAGAGGACAGAAUCAAACUGGCGGUGCGGCUGGAGAGUGCACGGUCAGACCGCGUGCGCUACAUGGUGGUGGUUUACACCAGCGGUCGACAGGACACAGAGGAGAACAUUCUUCUAGGAAUCGACUUCAAUAACAAAGAAGGUAAAAGUUGUUCAGUUGGAAUGGUGCUACCUCUGUGGAGUGAUACAAAGAUCCAUCUGGAUGGAGAUGGCGGCUUUACAGUGAACACAGCAGGUCGGACUCAUGUCUUCAAACCUGUGUCAGUGCAGGCGAUGUGGUCAGCCUUGCAGGUGAUGCACAAAGCUUGCGAAGUUUCACGCAGGUUUAACUAUUUCCCUGGAGGUAUGGCUCUCACCUGGAUGGGCUACUAUGAAAGCUGCAUCGCUUCAGACCAGAGCUGCAUCAAUGAGUGGAACGCUAUGAAGGACUUAGAGACGACACGGCCAGAUUCACCCAUCAUGUUUGUCGACAAGCCGUCAGAGAGAGAAAGAACAGAGUGCCUUAUUAAAGCCAAACUCAGAAGCAUCAUGACGUGCCAGGACCUCGAGAACGUCACCUGCAAACAGAUCCGCACAGAGUUGGAACAGAACAUGAACUGCAACCUUAAGGAAUUCAAAGAAUUCAUUGAUAAUGAAAUGCUGCUAAUUCUUGGACAGAUGGAUAAAGCUACUCUCAUCUUUGACCAUGUCUACCUGGGAUCUGAGUGGAAUGCGUCUAAUUUGGAGGAGCUGCAAGAGACGGGGGUGAGCUACAUUCUCAACGUUACCCGGGAGAUCGACAACUUCUUCCCCGGGACGUUCAGCUACCACAACGUGCGCGUUUACGAUGAGGAUUCCACCGACCUGCUCGCCCACUGGAACGAAACCUACAACUUUAUCGUCAAAGCAAAAAAAAAUCACUCCAAGUGUCUUGUUCACUGUAAGAUGGGCGUCAGUCGCUCUGCCUCUACUGUCAUUGCGUACGCCAUGAAGGAGUACGGCUGGUCGCUGGAGAAGGCGUACAACUUUGUUAAGGAAAAGAGAAACAUCACACGACCCAAUCCAGGUUUCAUGAGGCAGCUUGCAGAGUAUGAAGGCAUUUUAGAUGCCAGCAAACAGCGGCACAACAAGCUGUGGCAACCAGACACGGAUUGUGAGAUGGCGGACAGUCAGCAGGGGGUGGCCCAGCACUGUGGGGGCGAGGAAGGAGAGCAUCUGACUCCAGAGCCGGGGAUGUUUCCCUGCUGUGAGGAGGAGUUAUCAGAGAAAGGUGCAGCGUGCCCCUCCCAGUACAGGACUGUUUCCCUGGAAAUUGACCCAGCCUACAACAAUUACUAUUUCCGCCGACUCUCUGAUUCAGCCCUGGAUAGCGAGCCGUCAACGCCAGUCCGCGGGCCUCCUCUCCUCAGCAUGGAGAAAGUAUUUAUAGAAAUAGAUGAUGUGGAGCGUGAUGCUCUGCUGGAUGACGAGGCCUUUGACGGGAAUGAGGGCCUGCCGCUCUCACACUUUGGAACCACGGCAGAAGGUACUGCCGCCCAGACGUGCGGCCGUGGCGCCGAGCCUUUGGAGGAGCUGCGUCUUAGGCUGGAGUUCAGCACAGUCGAGGAGGAGGAUGAGGAGGAUGUGCAAAAGGAAGAAGCGGAGAUGGAGGUACUAAUGCAGCCGGACGAGGGAGGCGGCGGUGAAGGAAACGGGAGUGAAACACAGUAUGCAGAGGCAGAAGGAGAUGCAGAGGGCAUCGGGAUGGACCUGGCAACCCUCAAUGAAAACUCCAACAACAACAACAACCGCUUGAGCAUCAUGCGUGACUGCAAUGAAAAUGCACCUUUCAUCCUUCUUCCAAGUGAAACUUCUAUGCUGUCUAGGUUGGAUCAGACUAAGUCCUGUUGGAAAAACGAGUCUUCAACCCCAACUCCUAAGCUUUGCCUUAACCCCAGCUCUUCCCCAAAAGUCCCAAGUGCUUUUUCCCCACAUUCCCAUACCUCUCCUGAAGGUGUCCCAUCUUCAGUGGAGCUGCUAUGCCCCUGUGGCCCGCUGUGUAACUGUGCCAACUGUGCUGCCUCUCUACCUGCUGCUCCACUUAACGAAGACGACAACCCAGGAGAUCCACUGCAGUUGGUUGAGCUGGAGGACAUUGGGAUUUUCCUCGAGAAAAAGACUGACACUAGUGAGAGCCGCUCUGCAGCUGCUUCUGAGUCUCUGCCUGAACUGAUGACAGUGGACGUGAAGGAAGAGAAGCCUGCAGUGGCUCGAUACCUGGGGAAACAGGAGUCCCUAAUGCAGCUGCAUCAAUCUGGGUUGGUCCGCCAACGCGCAGAGAGACUAGAGAGACUGUCAGGUUUGUCUCAGCAGAGCCUGCAGACUUUGAAGCCUUUGCAAACAUGCCAAAGGUCCCAGAAAGGUUCUCCCCAUGACAACAAGGAAGAAGAGUUCCCCAGUUUUGCAGGUGAUUUAGCUAAUUCUUCAACACCAUGCCAAGUGCGGUUAGAGUACCCGAUGGUGCCACUGACCAAUGAGUCCUUGUUUGGGGCGGCGGGGUCUGGGCUUUUCACGCCCACCUCUUCGCCCCACGGCUCCACCCUAACACGCAGCUCCAGCAGCGAUAGUCUCCGCAGCGUUAGGGGGAAACCUGGCCUUGUGCGUCAGAGAGCUCAAGAGAUCGAGACCCGCAUGCGUCUGGCGGGCCUCACCGUGCCCUCCAGCUUGAAGCGGUCCAACUCUCUUGCCAAGCUGGCCAGCCUGGACCUCUCGUCGGAGGACCUGUGCUCGGCCUGUUCCUCUGAUGCAGGAACCCUGCUGCUCCUGACCCUGUCUCCAGAGCCAGACCUGCACAGUCCACUUCUAGGUGACCCUAAAAGUUGACCCCUCACCCGUCUCUCUGUGAGAUUUAGAGGGCUGCACAGAUUUUAAACACAAGAGAUGCUUAAAAGAAAAAAAAACAACAAGGCCAACUGUUAUGUGAGAAGAGAAUACUUUCUUUUGCCACAUUGUUGUUCAAACUGCUGUUCACAGUGAUAAAAGUCACAUUGCUGUAUCUGACAAAUGUUUUAAGCCAUCAGUUCACCUGUAACUUUGUUUGAAUCAUGGACUAAAAGUGCCUUAACCAAGAGACCAGAGGCACAGAACUGUGUGAAAGUGAAGAAUGAGAUGGUACGACCUCAUCUACAACAUUCAACCUGCAAUCCAUACCUUUACUCACAGGUACCAAGUGAGUCUACAUUAGUGAACUUGAAACUGAAAGAAUUUGGGAGAAACUCUGUGUUUGAUAAAUGUAUGGUUGUUUAUCAGAUUUUAUUUUUUUGUUGCAUUUAUGGAGCUCCUACCAGACAAGCUGGAGUUUAAUUCAGUUCUUUUGGCUACGUCACUUAAAGGAGGAAAUCAGUUUUGACGCAAAAGCGUUUGCUAAUGAACUGAGUGCACACAGAUGGACGAGUACGAUGCAAGUGAAGAGGAAAGGUUUGUAACCUUUUGCCAGAGGCAAAUUCACUGUUUUCAACAAACAGAACAGACCUGUUUGUUGCUCCUUUGCACUGUUUGUUUUAUUGCUACACAGCCAGCAAAUCUUCCAGAAGAACAUCCAAGUUAUUAUUAUAUUUAUCAUUCCCGACACUACAUUAGUAGAGUUAUUAAGAGGCUUGAAUGGAAAUCGAAACGCCUCGAGUCAAGUCUUAAAAAUCAGCUGAACAUUUCUGACUUAUAAAUAUAAGAUGAAUGAAACAUGUAGUCUACAGAUUACUCAUCGGAAAUUUGUUUCUGCCAAUCAUUUGUGCUAUUGUUUUUUUAAAUGUUAAAGACCAAAGUUGUUUUUGGCUGUCUUAAUUUGGAUGCUGAAAAAAAAACAAGCUAUGUGAAUCAUAAUGUCAAUCGUACACAUGCUGUCACCGUUUUUUUUGCACCUUUGGGAGAAAUAAAAGAGACUCAGAGGAGUCAUCAGGCUCAUAGAUGUAAAGCUUUUCUGCUCAUAUCAUCAAUGGGUUUUAAGCUUUUGUCACCCCAGUGUGACAACUAUCAUAAUAGGUUACUUUACAUUUAUGUAACCAUUUUUUUUAUAUUUAAGUAUGCAGUAAUUUUUGUACUGUACAUUGCUGUAGUUGAAAAUGCAAAUUGCACUUUUUAUGUUUAAAAGAGAUGUACUGUAUGUGUUAACUGUUGGAAUAAACUUUUCUUUUACAGAAUUUA